AUCGCGAGCACAAACCCCAAAAUUACUGCUGUCGGAACUUAAUCAACCUCGACCACCGCUCGCUUCCCAUCAACUUCAACAUACACUCAACUACUCAUCAACUACUACUUCAACUAUUUAUCGUUGCUUUUACUUCUUUCCACUUCAAUUCUCUUCUUCUUCUUCUUUUUCUUCUAUUGUUCUUUUUCACUUAUUCUUCCUCUUCUCAUUCAUACCAUCUACUUCAUCCAACUCAUCCUCCUCUUCCGAGUCCUGCACCCUCACAUAUCCUAAUAUGCCUUUGAUGCCAUGAGCGACAACGAAUCUUCUACCUCUGACGAAGGCCUCAUCGUCGGCGUCUGCGUUGUUGGCUUUCAUCACACUCGCGGCCCCGAAGUCGAAUACUGGAUCGGCGAAAAUGGCAAGGACAUGUCCACAAGGUGGCCAAACCUCCCCUUCCAGAGCUUACCCGAUGGCUCUCACUCUCACGAGGAAGAUUACUCGUACUUCACCCUCAUCUACGAGCCAACCCCAGACGAACCUGACAAGGAAAAGACAACCUACUUUGGCAUCUCCUGCAACCGCCAAAUCCGCACCACCGAGCUCGUCGUCAAAGCCGCCGACGUCACUCGCUCGACCGUCCAGAAAUCCGUCGUCGUCGUCGCCCGCAAACCAAUCUUUGGCCCGAUCCGCGAAAAGCUGGCGGUCGUCACCCGUGCUUACUUCUUGCAAGCAAACUUCGAAGACCGCACAAUCAUCAAAAACCUCUACGACAACCUCGUCCAGCUCUUCCACAGCGGCAUCUGCGAAGCUGAUCUCUACAACGGCAUGACCCUGCGCGAACUCGUCCACCGGUUCUCUUGGAAAACUCUUGUGCUUUUCAAAGCGCUUAUUCUUGAACCCAAAAUCCUCUUCUUUGGAUCAAACACUGAGCUCCUUUGCUCAAGCCAAUUCUCGCUCGUCAGUCUGAUCCCGGGCCUCAUCGAGCAUCUGCAAGACUGCGCUUCGCCUGCAAUGGACUCCUACGAACGCUCUGUUCAGAAAUCAACCUCUCUUCGCAGUAGUGACCGCGCUUCCCUUCUCGCGUUUAUGGGCCUUCCACUACAAGUCUUUGGCAAAGGCGGGAUGUUCAAUCCCUACACUCCUCUGCAGCAGCUAGAAACCCUGACCAGCGAAGACACCAAAUUCUACCUCAUCGGCAGCACAAACUCCCUUCUCCUAUCGCAAAAGCACAAGUUCGCCGACAUCCUCGUCAACGUCGACGAUAACACCGUCGAGAUCCUCAACCCCGAUCUCGAAGCUCCUCUGCAUCUGACGACCAACGAUCGCCGCUGGAUCGACGGCAUCGCUAAAGCUGUCAAUGAGUCCUGGACUGAUGACGGGGAUGGGAAUAGUGCUUCGGUCAUGUUUGUCGGUAGUGAGGAUUAUAUCCGUUGGCAGUUUGAAGACUACAUCAUGGCCCUCUUAUCUUCCGUCAAGUACGAUCAGUUUCUCCAGAAAUACGGCAAUCCUCCUCCACCAGAAGUUCUCCUGCCCACUAUCGAAGGCAACCCCGUCACCGAAUUCAACCUCGACUUUGUCUUCCGCUGGAAACGCACAAACAACUACAAAAUCUUCCAAUCCAACACCGACGAAGAACUCUUCGACGUCGUCGAGCCCCGCCACUCCUACGGCGGCGGCCUAUCGCUCGAAGACGUGCAGCGCAAAGUGGCCCAGCAGAUGCAAAACCUGGCGCCCGCGCGCGAGGCGCUCGCGAAAACUUUCGUCACUGGCGGACAAAAGGUGUCGACUGCAUUUGGGAAUUUCUGGAGCGAGAUUGAGAGUAUGAGAGAGAAAGAACGGAUGAGGAAAGAGGUGCAGAAGAAAGAGCAGAAGAAGAAAGCAGCAGCAGCGGCGGCGGCCGAAGCUGAAGAGGACAGGAAAGAUGCAGGGUCUCCUGGAUCUGGAUCAACUAUAUCUUCCAAGAGAUCACAGCACAUCACCGUCUCGGAUCCUUCUUACCUGACAAGCUGGUCACGCUGGGCAGCGGAUAAGCGACGCCAGGCAUUCGGCAGCACGCGUUCGACCUCCUCAUCAAAGCUGAGCUACAAGACCUCAUCAUCAUCCACAACCAAGCCUAGCGAAACCAGAGUUGCGGACGCACCUCUGUCGCGGAAAAGAAGCCAAUCAAGCGACCCUGCAUCGUCAACAGAGCAAGCUACCACGCCAUCCCCCGCCGCUCUAGAAUCCGAAUUUGAAGAAAUCUCGCUUUCUGCUUCCCGAUCUAAAUCGCCGGACUCUGAACACUCCAGUCUUGACCCCCCUGAAGAAGACGACGACGACCACGACAACAUUGACGAUGACGAUGACGAUGAUGACGAACAUACCUACACGCCUAUCUCCAGCGACGACAUCAAUCCCUGGAAAGGCAUUCAACAGCAGUGACCUGCAUAGCGCGGGAGUGAAAAAGCAUGCAUUUGAGAAUUAGUACGAGUUUACCUACAUUGUUGCAUUUUCUUUCGUUUUAUCCCACAUCACUAUUACUAUAUGCUGUAAAGUCCGUUUCUCAUGUACAGUAGUAAUUGAAGCUAAUGAGCAU